AUGUUCAGAAAAGAGAUCGAGAAGAUGUAUUCAUGCAAGGAUUGUGUACAUGUUCGCUGCAAAAUAUCAGUUCCCUUGGAAGGACAAAAGAAUUUACUAAACUAUGAAUUUGCCAAAACGAAUGAAGUACCAAAACUAAACUUCGAAUGGAUAUUUCUAGAUGAAAGUUUGAGUGACGUUAAGCUAAGAACUGCAGGGGGCAAGGAAAUUCCGGCACAUAGGGUCGUACUCGCCGCUGCAAGCCCAGUAUUCAAAGCCAUGUUCAGCCAUGAUAUGCUGGAAAACAAAAGUCAAUCGGUUGAUAUGAUCGAUGUUAGUUUCGAAACUGCAGUUGAGUUUUUACGAUACAUCUACACGGGUAGGAUUAAAAAUAAUGAAAUUACUUUAUCUAUUGAACUUUUGACGACAGCUGAAAAGUAUCAACUUGAACUUUUAAAAAAUGCAUGCGAAAAAAUAUUGAGCUCUACGUUAUCUACCGAAAAUUCUUUAGAAAUGCUUAAAAUUUCUGAUACAUAUAGCGCCAAUCAUUUGAAAAAAGAGGCAGUCGAUUUUAUCAAAAAUCAUAUAAACGGACUGUCGGACGUCCAUGAAAUAACUAAUAUGAUUCUUGGUAAAGCGCAAUCAGUUUCAAAAUUAUGUGAAAAGUAA